AUGGAACUCAGACAUGAGAGGUGGAAGCCUAGGGAACUUUGUCAAUUCUGACUUGGAUGUGAAUGUGCUUGAAAAUCUUGUACCAUACAAAAAUUUGAAAAGAUUGUCCAUAGUGUCAUAUGAGGGUGCAAGAUCUGCAAAAUGGAUGUACGAAGCUGAUCUGAUCUCCAAUCUAGAGUACAUCUGUCUGGAGAAGUGUUCAGAGUGGGAAACUCUUCCACCUUUUGGGCAGCUUCCCCACCUCAAGUGGCUUUACCUUCGUAACAUGCCAAAAGCAAAGCGGCUUGAUUAUAAAUUCCAUUGGAAUGACAAGGUUUCUGUGUUUCCAUCGUUGGAGGUGCUAAAUAUGGAGGGAUUACAAGUAUUGGAGGAUUGGUUUGAUGGAGCAGGAGCAGCAGCAGAUGACUGUUUCUUUCCUUGCUUAACGGAACUCUCCCUCGUUAACUGCCCAAAUCUGCAGGAGUUGCCCUAUUUGCCUCCUAAGCUCAGGAAAAUGCAGAUAAAUAGCAUUGGAUGGAAAGCUUUGAACUGCAAGCAAGGAGGCACUUCAAAAUCAAUUCCCCUUGAAACAUUAGAGGUGAGUUCAUGUCCAAACAUCACAUCUCUUCUUCUGGCGGAUGUAAGACUUGAAGCAGUGAGAGAAUUGAGAAUUGAAGGUUGCCCCAAUCUGAUUUCUCUGGGUGGACUGCAACAAGUGGAGAGUGGCAAUGAGAAAUUCCAGCUUAUUGUCAGUGAAGUUGUUAUAAAUGACCCAUCCUUGUUGCCAACGGUAAAUAUCGCCUCCUUGGAAAAGUUCACAAUUUGUGAUAAUGAUGUGCUGCUUUCUUUUCCAAUUGAAGCGGAGCAGUGGUUUCCCCACGUUAGCUCAUCCCUUCGUGAGUUGAGCUUUAGACGCCUCAUAUCCCUGCAGUCUAUCCCUUCCUCCUUGGAACGCCUCUCUUCACUUAAGAUUCUACGUAUCGAAGAUGUUCCUCAGAUCCAGCAGCUUCUACGCAUCCCCGCCUCCCUGGAAGAAUUAUGUCUUCAACACUUAGAAUCUUUGCAGUGCCUGCCAACGUCUUUGUCGGCCAUCUCAUCCCUCAAGUCUCUAUCGUUAUUUCUCUAUCGUUAUUCAGCAUUCCACUCCUCAAAUCAUUGCCAGAACUCCCUUCCUCCUUGA